AUGCAAGUCAGUCUUGAUCGCAUAGAAUUCUACGAGCCCGACCCCAAAGCGCCGAACCUGCCGAGACUAUCAACUUUAGCCAUUCCCAGAAACGAGGUUCUCUCCGCACCCGAUGAGCGUGCCGAGCAGCCGAGGCUAUGCGGCAAAGACCCGACCUGGGAAGGUGUCAUUGUAAUAUCAGACAACGACGGCAGCGACGGCGAGAGCAGCAGCGAUGGAGACGCCCGAAGCAGCACUUCUAGGCCUAGGCCCGAGAAGCAGGCCUCACUUCCUAAUGGAUGCCUAAGAGCCGAUGCAGCGUCGUCAUACGAUCGAGGCUUCCCUCUGAUGCAAUGCACUUUACAAACCCCGUCGAGUUCCCCUCAGCAAACCCUCUUCCCCGCUCCCGGUGCCCCUGCAUUCGAAGACGACACCAACAUGCAACGGACCCAAAGCCCCUCGAUGCCGCUCUCAGGCACUGCUUACGACACGCUCCACCUCUUGUCGCGCCACGCCGGCAGUCUACCACAUUCUUCCGGCAACACAUCUCGGGGCAGCUCAGUCGAGCCAGAUAUCGAAGCUCAGGAACGGUGGCUUCUGCCUUCGCCCUCGGACAGACAGGUUUUGGACCAGAUCAUCGAUGGCACCGCUGACAAGGGAGGUCCGUGUCAUGCGACAGCAGUCGACACAAAUGAAGGCAUGCCAGCUUUAGCCUCGUCUCUGCCUGUCUCCUCCCUUGUGUCCCACUUAUCCCCAUCGAUGUGCGUGGGGUUACAGUUAGUCCAACCCAACUCGCAGGACACGAGACGCGCUCAAGAAGAUACCAUCUCCCCCUGCACGACUGGCAACACUUUCUACGACUUGGAAGACUCUGUGACGUCCACCGGGCCAUCGCCAUGUGGCACGUCACCUGUAUCCACGCCCACCACCAUACCGCGGCUGCAGGCGCGAACGCACGAUCCCAUUUCGCCGCUCAGACUCAGACGAACCCGAAGUGCACGCCCUACCCAUAGCACCCCUCAGCGAUACAGCGCACGUCUGCGCGCUAUAUCCCGCAACGCACUAGGUGCCCGUUUCCAACACAAAGCAAACCAUGAUUCCGACUCCAAUGACGGUUCAUCGUCUGAAGACGGAAGCGACAACGACACAAGCUAUACAACGAGGUCGAUCAACUGCAUAGAAGAAAGGAGCAACGACGGCCUAGACGGAGAUGUUAUGCCGGCACCAAAACGUCGCAAGUCAUCAUCUCCACAGGUCGUUGCGGCUCAACGUCGAACCUUGCGACAAGCCUCGAGGUUGUCAGCGGCCGGUGCCAACACUUGUGCCACGGGAAAUGCCCGAACUCGUGGUAUCGCUACCCCAUCAUCAUCCUCUCAUCAAUCGUCCGACCGAGACUCUGUCACGGACCGUGAACGGCGUGGCAACAUUCCAGCUCCAGUUCUCAUGGGACCGGCGUGCGGAUCAUCGCCGGGAUCACCGCAUUACAGAGACACGAGACCCUUGGUGUUCAGCUAG